AUGCCUCCAGCCAGAGCUGUUCGACGCGCCGUGACCAACGAGAACGAUGAGAAUGCCGCCACCACUCGUCUGACACGCGCAAAGGCCGCUGCGCUGUCUCAACCCGACGCCAUCGCCGGUGACCCACCUAAGAAGGCCGCCCUUGGCGUCAAGCGUGCUGCUACCACAAACACCACUGCUGCUGCUGUCCAGCCCACCAGAAGACGCGCUGCCCUCGGCGAUGUCAGCAACGUGACCAAGAACGACACCAUCGACACAAAGGGCGCCGCUGCCAAGGGUGGUAAGCUCAGAGACGCUCAGAAGCCGACCGGCAUCACCAAGCCCUCAACCCGCACCAACUCGACCCGUGCUGCCUCCAUCAAGUCCGAUGGUGCCGAGUCGAAGGCCAAGAGGCCCAUGCCUCUCUCCGGAACCUCCGGCAACGUACCCAAGGCCAAGAGACACAUGACAACCAAGAUCCCCAAGGUGGAUGAGGACUUUGUCAAGGAUGCCGUCAAGAUCGAGGCCAUUGAGGAAGAGGUGGAGAGCACAACUCCCAAGGAAGAGGAGGACUUGGACGAGCCUCUGUACAAGACUCUCGAGCAGCUGGCCACUGAGGCCAAGGAUCUGGACUCCGAGGACCUCGACGAUCCUCUCAUGGUUGCCGAAUAUGUUCACGAGAUCUUCGAUUACAUGAAGGAGCUUGAGAUCACCACACUUCCUAACGCUGAGUACAUGGACAGCCAGGGCGAACUUGAGUGGAAGAUGCGCGGCAUCCUGGUCGACUGGUUGCUCGAGGUCCACACGCGCUUCCGCCUGCUGCCCGAGACCUUGUUCCUCGCUGUGAACAUCAUCGACCGCUUCCUCUCGGCCAAGGUCGUUCAGCUCGACCGUCUCCAACUCGUUGGUGUUACUGCUAUGUUCAUCGCUUCCAAGUACGAGGAGGUCCUCUCCCCUCACGUCCAGAACUUCCGUCACGUUGCCGACGACGGCUUCACCGAGCAGGAGAUCCUCAGCGCCGAGCGCUUCAUCCUUGCCGCUCUGGACUACGAUCUGAGCUACCCCAACCCCAUGAACUUCCUUCGCAGAAUCUCCAAGGCCGACAAUUACGACAUCCAGACCCGCACUCUUGGCAAGUAUCUUCUCGAGAUUGGCUGCCUCGACCACCGCUUCAUCAAGUACCCUCCUAGCCAUGUCGCUGCUGCCGCCAUGUACCUCGCCCGUCUCGUCCUUGACCGUGGCGAAUGGGAUGCCACCCUUGCUGUCUACGCUGGUUACACCGAGCAGGAGAUCGAGCCUGUCUUCAAGCUCAUGGUCGACUACCUCCACGGUCCCGUCCAGCACGACGCCUUCUUCCGCAAGUACGCUAGCAAGAAGUUCCUGAAGGCCUCCAUCGUCCUUCGCCAGUGGGCUAAGAAGUUCGCCCCCAUGUACCUUCACGACUGCGAUCGUGAUGGCAGUGAGACUCCUCAAAUCUAG